AUGUUAUUAAAACUGGGUUGGCGACCUGGUCAAACAUUGGGUAAAAACAAUAGAGGGUUGCGAAAACCUAUUACUUUAAAAGCAAAUUUUAACAGAGAAGGCCUUGGUUAUAACGACAAUGUAAAUAGCAUAUUAAACACCUUAAAAGCCAGGUCGGACUUGCCCAUAACGGAGUUAUUUGUGCAAACCGUCUUCGAGGAAGACGAAGAUAAAUAUCAAAGGGAAUUUAUAGGGAAUAUGAGAACUGAAAUUAAAGUUUCAAUAUUUGACAAAGAAAUAGACGCGCUCCUCGACACUGGGAGCGAUGUUACAUGCAUUUCAGAAAGUUUAUAUUUACAAAUUAAAGAUAAUAAUCGUAAAAUAUCAAUAAUGCCAGUUAAAGCAAUGCAAAUAAAAGGUGCUGUUUGGCAGCGCAGCACAAAAAUACAACAGAUGAUCAUAUUGCCUAUAAAGAUAGAUGAAGUAGUCUUUGAAACACAAACUUUAAUUGUAGAUAAUUUAAUAAGACAUUUAAUAUUAGGCUUUGACUGGCUCAAGAGAAAUAAAAUAUUGAUUGAUUUGAGAAAUACUACUGUUGAAAUAGAAUUUAAAGUGAAAAACAAAGACUACUUUAUACCUUUCAAAUAUAAUAAUAAAUCUGUAUUACAUAAUAACUGCAUCAAACAAUGUACCGAUGAUCCCUUAAUAAAUAUAAAAAUAGGAUCUACAUUGGAGGUCUCUGAAAGGGCAAAACUUAGUAAGGUUUUGGAAAAGCAUAAGAAUAUGUUUUUGAGCAAAUUGGGAAGAGUCAAUUGCUAUGAGCAUAAAAUUGAAAUGAUCGAUGAUGAACCUAUAGUUACUAGGUCCUAUCCCAUUCCAUAUGCAUAUAGAGCGAAAAUGGAAGAAAAGUUAAAUGAAAUGGAACAAGCUGGUAUCAUCACAAGGACAUCAACGCCUUACAGUAGUCCAUUGACAUUCACUCUUAAAAAAGACGGCUCAAUUAGAGUUCUGCUUGAUGCCAGAAGCAUAAAUAAGAAAAUGGUUGCAGAAACAGAGAAACCACCUAUACAAUUAGAUGUUUUGAAUUCAUUUCACGGAGCGAAUUAUAUCACUACCAUUGACUUAAAUAAUGCAUAUUUUCAAAUUCCGAUAAAUAAAGAUGGUAGAAAAUAUACUGGAUUCACAUUCAAUGGAAAGUCAUAUGUAUAUAAUGUUUUGCCGCAAGGAUUAAAAACAUCAGUAGGAAGCUUUAGCAGAGCCAUGAAUUUAAUAUUAGGACCAGAAGUCCAAGAAUUUUGUGUGAACUAUUUAGAUGAUCUAGCCAUUAUUACAACAGGAACGUUAGAUAAACAUUUGGAGCACAUUGAUAUUGUUUUAAGUAAAUUGAAUAAAGCUGGCUUAACGUGUAACUUGCAGAAAUGUGAAUUUAUUUGUAAAGAAAUUAAAAUGCUGGGUUUUAUAAUUUCAACAGAAGGCAUAAAGACAGAUCCCGAUAAGAUUCGAGCGAUCCAAGAAUUUCCAGCACCUAAAAAGAUUAAACAAUUAAGGGCCUUUUUAGGUCUAUGCAAUUUUUAUAGAAGGUUUAUACCAAAUUACAGCGAGAGCAUAAUACCGCUCUGUGAAUUACUUAAAAAGGGACGAAAGUUCCAAUGGAGCGGUAAAGAACAGAAGACAUUUGAUUUUAUAAAACAACAAUUAAUUAAUACAAUACAAUUGCAUCAUCCAGACUUUAAUAAGCCAUAUUAUUUACAAACAGAUUGUUCCGGUGUGGGUAUGGCCGGAGUACUAUAUCAGAUAGAUGAUAAUAAUGAAAUGAGAAUUUUAGGCUAUCAUAGUAAAGCCUUAAAAGGCCCCGAAUUAAAUUGGUCUGUUACUGAACAAAAGUUUUAUGCUGUAAUAAGCUGCCUAAAGAAAUUUGAAACAUAUUUGAGGGGCAGUAAAGUAAUAAUACUAACUGAUCAUAAAGCAUUAUUGUUUAUUAAUAAUAUGAAGUUAUUCAAUGGUAGAGUAACCCGAUGGAUUUUGUAUAUAGAACAAUUUAAUUAUAAAGUACAGCAUAUAUCGGGUAGACGUAAUAUUGUUGCAGAUGUGCUAUCACGUUAUCCUCCUGAUGGCGAUCUAAUACAAGGGGAUAAAAAUAAUAGUUUAGAAAUUGCUUACACAGAGAGCGAACCGAAUAUUGAGUUGAUAGAAAAAUUGAAAUCCUUAUCAGUAUAUCAAUUACAAGAUUCAGAGUCGUUGGCUAUUAUUGAAAAGUUAAAGACAUUAAAUACUUCCAUAAUAAAACAAAACAAUAAAUUUAAAAGGUAUAGUUUGAAAAAUGAUGUAUUAUAUUACAAAACGAAUUUACAAGAAGUAAUAUAUUUACCUAAAGCAUUGAGACAAGAUAUUAUAAAUCAAGUGCAUGUCGAAAUGGGUCAUCAAGGACCCUAUAAGGUAAUUAAAUAUGUGAGAGACAGAUUCUUUUGGAAAGGUUUAACAAAAGAUAUUAAAAACCAAUUAAGGGCUUGUCAUUUAUGUCAGUUAUCUAAGAAAAGCAAUAUAACAUAUGUGGAUCCCUGCAAAUCUAUAACAACAGAAAACAUUGGCGAUAUAGUCAUGGCAGACUUAUAUGGGCCACUUGUAUCAGGUACCUUUGGGUACACUUUCAUAUUUGUCAUUCAAGAUUCAUUCAGUAAAUUUAUCAAAUUAUAUCCUUUAAAACAGUCAACAGCAAAGUCUGUUGUAACAAAAGUAAAGCAUUUUGUUGAGAUUAUAAAGCCCAAGGCAAUAAUGACAGAUAAUGGAAAACAGUUCGUAAAUAAUCACUGGAAACCAUCAAUGAGUGAAUUAAAUAUAAAGCCAAUAUAUACCACAGUUAGAAAUCCUAGACCAAAUACAACAGAGCGAGUAAAUAAAGAGUUGAGCAGAUUAUUUAGGACGCUUUGUCAUACUAACCACAAAGAUUGGGCGUUAAUAUUGCCGAAAUUAGAACAAUUGUAUAAUAAUUCUUAUCACAAUAGUACAGGCUUCACGCCUUGUGAGAUUCUUUAUGGUGAGUCUAAUGAGAUGUCUUUUGACAAAGUAAUUUCCAAAAGUAAAGACAAACAUAAUGUCGAACAAAUUAGACAACAAGUGCGUAAAAAUUUAAAAGAGGCAAGUCGAAUAAGAAACACAAAAUUUGAUAAGCGAAAUAGAUUAAUAAAAUAUAAUAUUGGUGACUUAGUAAAAUUUCAAGAUCUAGUAGAUCAGACGCUGAUAAUAAAGUUAUGA